AUGCCAGCAUAUUCUAAAAGAAAGUCAAGGUCCUCCUUGGAGGUUUCAGAGAAGUCAAAUCAGCCAAAAAUUGUUAAGCGGACUGUUCAAACUGAAAAAAAUGGUAAUGAUAAUUCACCCGAGCAAGAGACAGUCAUAGAAGAAACAAUUGUUCCAGACAAUGGCGAGAAGCUUGAGGAUGAAGAACUGCAAAGAUUACGCGAGAAUCAAAGGGUUAUUGAAGAGUUUUCAAAGAAAGAGCCAGUGUCAAAUGACGAAGCAUCUCCAGCAGGAUUGGUAGAUGGAGAAGAUGAAAAGGAGAAGGAAGAAAAUUUAGAAAAGGAAGCAACACAGCAACGUAAUACUGGAAAUCAUCCUCUUCCUGCUGGAUCUGUUCACAGAACUACUAGUCAUUUAACUCCAGUGCCUGCUCGUCCUCUCAACUCACAUAAUACCAAUACCCAACGAUUGAUUGUCGUUUUGGACCAGGCGUGUUUGGAGAUUUACAAGGUUGGAAAGGCAAAGGAUGCAAAAUACCAGCUAUUGAAUUGUGAUGACCACCAAGGCAUCUUGAAGAAAUUGAACAGAAAUAUUGCUCAAGCACGUCCCGAUAUUACUCACCAAUGCCUUUUAACGUUAUUGGAUUCACCACUUAACAAGGCCGGGCGUCUUCAGGUUUAUAUUCAUACAGCCAAGAAGGUUCUCGUUGAAGUGAAUCCUUCUGUGCGUAUUCCCCGUACGUUUAAGCGUUUUUCUGGUUUGAUGGUUCAACUUCUCCACAAGCUCUCUAUUCGAAGUGUGAAUGGCAAUGAGAAGUUACUAAAGGUUAUAAAAAACCCCGUCACCGAUUAUCUUCCCCCUAAUUGCCGUAAAGCUACUUUGUCUUUUGACGCACCCACCGUCCCCACUCGUAACUAUUUGGAAAAAUUAGAACCAAAUCAAUCAGUUUGCAUUGCCAUUGGUGCCAUGGCUCACGGUCCGGAUGAUUUUUCCGAUGGUUGGGUGGACGAGAAGAUUAGUAUCAGUGAUUACCCUUUGAGUGCAAGUAUCGCAUGCUCUAAAUUUAUCCAUUCCAUGGAAGACUUUUUAGGAGUUGUGUAA